AUGUCGCUCCCCUCCUCGCACAAGGCCGCCGUAGUCCCCGAAGCUGGUGCCCAGCACCAGGUCGUUGACCGUUCGCUCGCACCCAUUGGCGACGACGAGGUGGCAGUCAAGGUCAUUGCCACCUCCAUCAACCCUGUCGACUGGAAGAUGCGCGACUACCGCGUCUUCCUCUCCGAGUACCCCGCUGUGCUCGGCUCGGACGCUUCGGGCGAGGUCGUCUCGGCAGGCAAGUCGGUGACCAACGUCGCUGUCGGCGACCGUGUCUUCUUCCAGGGCAUCAUUGGCAACUACGACUCGUCUACCUUCCAGCAGUACGUCAAGAUGCCUGCUGCUCUGCUCGCAAAGACGCCCAAGAAGGUGUCCGACGAGCAGGCCGCCACCUUCUGGGUGGCUGGUAUGGUUGUAGCCACCGGCUUCUACCACAAGUCCGGCAUGUCGCUCUCGCCGCCCUGGAACGCUGACGGCGCCUCGGUCGGCAAGGGCAAGACCGCCGUGAUCCUUGGUGGCUCCUCGUCCGUCGGCCAGUACGCGAUCCAGUUCGCCAAGCUCUCUGGCUUCGACCACAUUGUCACCUCGUCCUCCGCGUCCCACUUUGACUUCCUCAAGUCGCUGGGUGCCACUACGGUGCUCGACCGCUCCGAAGCCACCACGGCCGAGGCAUUCGUCAAGGCCAUUCCAUCCGACUCGAGCGUCGACUUUGUGUACGACACCAUCUCGUCGCCCUCGACGCAGCUGCUGGGCGUCCAGAUCCUGCAGGCGCUCAAGGGUGGCAAGGUGCUCGUUGUCAUGCCCGCCGACGAGAAGGCGGUCAAGCAGUCCGAGGAGAAGGACCUCCCCGACACCUCGGUCGUCGCUAUCCUCGGUAUCGGCUCCCACCCCGAGUACCGCUACAUCUCGGAACCCCUUGCCGCACACCUCGGCGGCGAAAACGGCUACGUGGCCAAGGGCGAUGUGACGCUCAACAGGCCCAUGGUGAUCGAGGGCGGUCUCAACGCCGUCGAGAAGGCGCUCAAGGCCAACAAGGACGGCGUCUCGGGCGUCAAGGUCAUCAUCCGCCCCAACGAGGCAUAA